GAAAUUUCAGUAGCUCAUUUGGUUGUUCAUACUUCUUUCCCUAUCGCUACCGUUAUUCUGGUGCGGCUACUUUUCCCAUUAUCAUGGGCUGCGCUAAACCACAACAAAACAAAACAUCUUAAGUGACGACACUAAUUUCAGACGAUUUUAUUCCCAACCCAACCAAAGCAAUUCGAAAUUCAAAUACGAAAUGAAUUUGAGCCGGAGACUUUAUUUUCGAUCAUUUUCCCCCAACUUUUGUUUCUAUCUACAGAUCUGUGUAAUGAACAAUCGAACCGUGAAAUUACAUGCUAAUUCUUUCUGACUUUUUUCUAUAUUUUCGUGAAGAUACCUUUCGAUUUAGAUUAACGAUACCUUUUGGAGUGUUUAAAUCUUCUGGCCAUUUUGUCCGAUUUUGAUUAAAAGUGUAAGUUGGUAGCUACGCAAAAAUUCUCUCCCUUUAUUUGCGUCGAUAGCAACCCAACUGUAAGUUUUAAUUUCGCUGAAAGCCUUUUCGGAUUCAUCCAACCCGCCGUUAUGUUCACUCUUUUUCAGGUGAAAAAUGGAAUCAUAAAUUAUCGUGAUUGGAUCUGCUGCUGAAUUAUUUUUUCACGGAAAAGUGCAUUAUAACGAAGACACUCAGAUAACUCGAACGUCCUCCGCAAAUGCGUAAAAAGCUUUUUGGAAACGCAUCAACCAAUUUCCUAUAUAGCUGCUUUUAUUAAAGCCAAAAAGCUCAAAGGACAUGGAAUUUGCUUGAUUUUAAUCUAUCCUUUAUCAUCUUUUUCUGCUUAAAAAACCUACUUUAUUUUUCAGAAUGAAAACAAAUUUGCCUCAAUUUUUGUUCUAUUAGAUGACGGACUUUUUAUUUGGUUCAUCCAUUUGAAAAACACACACGUCGGUGCUUCUUUAUUUUUCAUCCGCCACUUUAUUAUUCCAAAGAAGACAUACAAUUGACGCUCUGAUUUAUUUAUUAAAUCGCUACCAUAAUUUAUUGAAUUAUGACCAAAUUAUUCACAGAUGUAUACUUGCUUUUACUUUUUCACAUCGUGCUCAAAUGUUCGGCCAUGAGAAAAGUGCACGAGGUCAGCAAAAUGCUUGAUUUUUUAGUCGGCAACGGACCCGAAUCGACAAAAUACGACAAGACACUGCGUCCAAACUUUGGCGGGUCUCCAGUGAUUGUGGGCGUGACGAUUAACGUGGACUCGCUAGGUCCGAUUGAUGAAGUCAACAUGAAUUUCCGACUGGACUUGUCGUUCCGACAAUUCUGGAAAGAUACUCGACUCGACUUCAGUCUAUACACUAAAACUGACACUUAUGAUC